GCCUAUUUACUAAAAGCUUGUUUCACACUAUGGGGUGAGUCCAUUGAUAGGCCUCGUCGAGUUGCAUAGAUGAGAAGUGGUUGUGUACUAUUGCUCGUUCACACGUUCCGAAGUAUCCCCAUACAACGACAAUCGGUAUUGUCCACAUUGGCGAUUUAAGUUGUCGCGAGUGUUCUGAAAGAACCUUUGUAACAACGAUAUCAAAGCUUGAACAAAACGUUUGAAUGGAAAGGCAGCGAGACAUUGUUAACGAAUUGAAAACACAACCUGUUGAGAAAGUGGCUAAAGAACUCGGAAGGAUUUUUCCACUACUCUUUUUUUUAACCCUCCACACUUCCUACUAAAUCGAGGUGUCCGUUUGUAUUCAACCUGCACUAAUUGUCGCCUUGCAAACGUUUCGAUCCGAAGGUCUUGUUAGAGUCUAAGAUACAACUGUCGUUCCUACUCGAGACCUUAAAGAAGAGAAACCGGAGCGCACCUAUUGUGUUCCACGAGCCAUUCCCACACUCCCGCACCUACUUCCCUACUGAUAUCGCCAGCUCUACGCACCUACGUCUUUGCCUGUAAUUAAUUUGCCAAUCGUCCCCUACGCGUUAUUAAUAUAACAAACCCAUGCGCCAUGCCUGUAUGUACGCGUUUAUAAAUAUAUAAUAUCCCCAACGCAUUUUUAAUCAGACUGCUGGGACUUUGAGGCCGUCCGUCCCAUCCCCACGGCUAUUGUUAUAGGAACAAUUGAUGGGACCCUCCAUCCCUCCCUUCCCCGCUUGUGGACAUUCACAUGAGACUGGUCGCAGCGCUAAGUUGUCCUACACCUGGCUGUCAACUUCUUUCUUCUCCUGACAAUAUGCUGGUGUUUUCUAGUCGCGGUCUUUCACUUUUAUGCGCUCUGGGAAUUCGAAAAUAACGUACCGAGUCUACAACCCCCCCUGUGCAGAAAUCACAACACUCGAAAAGCGCGCUAUCUCUAUCGCCCGUAUUAAAUCGUCAAACUAACUUUUAUGCUACCGUCUUUUGUGCAACUUUGCGUCCUGGAAUCCCCCCUUUGGGGCAUUAAUGGCGGCGACGUGACACGAGACGUUCCGGCCAGAUACGUAGACACCGUUUAAUCCUCCAAGCGUAGUCUAAAAGUCGCGCGUGACCCGCCGAACACGUGUUUAGACCAAAGAAGAUUUGGUCGUUUAACGGCGUUUGUUUCUUAAUUAAGUUAUUAAUUGCAUUUAAGGAAUGUUAAAAGUGUUUAAUUAAUUCGUUAUAGAUCGGGUGCCUAUAAAUUUCGGUGGCGUAGAGGAGCGAGACGAGGCAUCAACAUCCUGCUAUUACACGUCAACAACGCCACCUGGAUUGGAAGCGAACGGGAGAAAGACCGGGGUGGAAAGGGGGAGGAACGAGGGAGGAAACGAACCCCCUCCCGUCCUCCAGACCGUCCUACUCCAACCGUAACCGCGGUUCCGGUUCGACACUCCCACCGCCAGACGGACCAAUGGCUUGGCUAGACAGACGCGAAUUAACUAGGCUGCCAUUGGCUGGAGUGUCGUAUACCGUCAAUCAAUAGCACGCGCUCGGCACGGGGAGUAGGGCCAUAGAUGAACUAGCUGCUGGCAGACGAGGACGUUGGUCAUUGAUGGUGAAGCGCUACGUUGUAAAGCCAGCGACGGUGCAACGAUUCUAUACAGUCAAAGUACGUGUAGUGUGUUUAAAGUGGACGUGAACGAUAUCAACAUUCGGCCGAACAGCAGCUGCCCGUGUCAGCUGUGCAGCCUGUCCCCAUUGUCAGCUGCCAGCCCCACGGCCCCGAGUGAAACGGCAACCAUGGAUAGGGACUACACGCCGUAUCCUUACGGCAUGCACGUGGCUAGUAACAGUCUGGACACAGAACCGAAACUUCUCUCGCACCAUCCUCACGCCAAUCAAAUGUGUGUGGUGACAACGCCCAGUCCACCGAUGCAACAGGGACAGAGUGCACCCAGGCCCCCUAAUACGGGCCCUAGUAACGUGAGUACCGCCAACAACGGUAACAACAAGAAAGAUAACGAUCGGGUCAAGAGGCCCAUGAACGCCUUCAUGGUGUGGUCUCGCGGCCAGAGGAGGAAAAUGGCCCAAGAGAACCCCAAGAUGCACAACUCGGAGAUCAGCAAGAGGUUGGGCGCCGAGUGGAAAUUGCUAUCGGAAGCGGAAAAGAGACCUUUCAUCGACGAGGCGAAACGUUUGAGGGCCGUCCAUAUGAAGGAGCACCCCGACUACAAGUACCGACCCCGAAGGAAGACGAAGACGCUGAUCAAGAAGGAGAAGUAUCCACUGGCGGGUGGAUUACUUCCGGCCGACACCCGCGGACCCGUAGCAGCAGCCGCGGUGCAACAAGUAGGUAGAGAGAUGUACGCGGUCAACGGUUACAUGCCCAAUGGUUACCCCGCAGUUAUGCACGAUGCCUACCAGCAACACGCGGCUGCGGGCUACGGAUCGCAAAUGGCGGCCGCAGCAGCGGCUAACGGUGGACUUUACGGUCGUUACGACUUGAGCGGUGCGGGAGCGCAGAUGUCGACCCCCAUGACGACAGGCUCUAACAUGUCCAUGCCUUACGUCAACGGUGCUGCUAGCUACAGCAUGAACGCCUACGGAAGCAACAACGUGGCCCAAAUGUCGGCAGCCGUCAAGUCCGAACAAUCUUCUGUAAGUCCGGGACGACGACACGGCUGCACCACGGAACUUCGCGACAUGAUCAGCAUGUAUCUGCCUAGUGAUGCGGGGGACCAAUCCAGACUACAAAUGGCCGCUUCUCACUACCCCGACGCGGUAGGACCGGGUACAAUGCCUCUAACUCACAUGUAAGUUUGUUGCUUCUUCGCCUAAUCUCUCGAACUAGACACGUGUAUAUAUAUAUAGAAAGACUUUUUGGCCGUGUCUGCCGAGACCCAACCGACAGGAAGUCAACAUCUACCCAGUUUUUGUUGUAUUAACGAACGCCACGCUUACUUUAUUGAUGUUUUCGUUUUUUCGUAUUAUGUAAGAAAAAUACGGACGAACUGUUGGAAUAACGACCGAAAUGCCAGGCGCCCAAUGCGCCCUUUUUCCACCUCCACCGACUUUUCAUUUGUUAAACAUUCUCGGGGUGUGUCUGAUAACUCCGAUCUGAUAACGCGCAGAUUUUUCACCCUCCGCUCGAUUGUAAAGCGACUGGUUUAUCCGACGCCGAGGGGGAAGACAAACCCCAAAAAAUUUACAUUUAAACUACUCCGGAACGUCCUCCUACCUCAUUAGAUCGUCUGUAAAACACCCGGCCCCACCUCCCGGGCCCAGACGAACCUCUACUAACACUGAUAUCUAUAUCUGUGGCGGAUGAAGCAACGGAGAAGGCAGAGUUGUCAGAUGCAUCCGUUGAAUGCACCAUCGAGCACACUGGCCCACGACCGCAGCCCAGUUGCCACGCUUUUUAAACCCCUUAUUUUACCCCAAAAUUCUCUGGAAUCUUACUACAAUGCUAAAGAGAUUUACCCCGUGGGCGUGUUUCUCCUGCGUCAAUCAUCCCUUCCCUGGCCACCUCCGUCAUGAUUUUUUUUUUUUUUUUUGUAAAUACGUUGGCUCCACUUAUUAAAAUUUCUCUACCCUCCACAACCCGCGAAUAUCCCUCGGGUACCUAACAAUACACGUAGCAUAAGUGUGGCCACCAUAGACUGCGGUCUCCAUGGGACGGUCUCAUAUAUGGUUCUCUCCAUCUGUACAUAAAUGCACCCCUUGGUUAUUGUCCUCUAGGCAGUUUGCUGUCUGGAAAAAGAAACCAAUGCAAAUAAAUGGUCCAAGAACAUAAAAUUGUGUCCUAUUAUUGAAUUUUAUUAAUUUUUUUCUUUCGAUUUUUUUUUUUUUUUGCCGGCCGAUUAUCGAUCUUUUGAGCCAAACACCCGUUUCGUUACAAGUAUCUGUUAAAGCGUUACGUACGAAAUUCGUAGAAAGGGGUCAUCCUACGUGAAAUUGAGUAAUUUUACAGUCUAGAAUUGUCUGUAUCGUGGUGUUUAAUGUCUGGCGAAUGUCGACUAAGCUGGGUACACAAAACGGAGUUUGUUUUGUCGCCAGAUGUCGAAUGUUUCGCGUGGUGCAUUUAUUUUUUUUUUUAAUAUAAUUUGGCAAUUUUUGUUUCCACACGAAAUUUCAUCAGGUGCCAAUUGCUGCGACAAUAUUUUAUGUUAUUUUGUUUGCUUUUCCUCAAGAAGCCAACGCAUGGGGAAGACGUAGAAGAGUUUUAAAAAGAAGUAAGUUAAUACAACGCUAAUUAUGCCAUUUGUUUUCUAUUUGAACGUUGAUGUCAUUUAUGUUAUUCUAUCUUCCGUUUUCUUGUAGAAAUGCUGUCAAAGUUUGAUUCGCAACGAGGAAAUGCAAGACUUUUCCCCUUUCAUACAAGUACGAAGUGAAGGAAGCAAAAAUCGUGUGUCCUCGGGAAUCGUCACGAAAAAGUGGAUUCCGUCUUAAAGGCUUAAAGUGGUUGAAGAGAAACGGAGCUUUAUGGCUGUGUCGAAGAUAACGGCAACUAUCGAACACCCUGUCAUAAAAAUCACAUUAGUAGAUUUUUUCACCAUCCACCUUUUUUUUUUUUUCCUAUCCUCCUUCACUUCUUUACCCUCUCCCCUCUGUCUCUUCACUCCGUCUGCCUUCGUACCUCAAAAAAGUAUCUGCUGAUUUGUACUGUUUCUUAUGUUCUUGGCUCGUUAUAUGUAACUUUUUUCUUCAUCUAAGCAAUACUUAGACGUCACCUUCGAUGCACUCUUAACCUUUUUUUUCGUCAUUAUCUUUAUGUAGUAAUUGUCGACUAACUUGCGCUUCCUGAAUUGUGAUUGAAUAAAGAUUAAAAAUGGUGCCGAUUUCA